AUGGAGCUGGCCGGUCGCGCCGUCUCUUACGGCAAAUCUCGCCUGGCGUCUCGACAAUUCAGGAUCGCCAGUCGCAGAAUCUUGUAUUACCCGACGACUUUCGCUCGAGUACCGGGACGGAAGUUCUUAUUUUCUCUUACCGCCACAUCGUUGCUUUGUGCUAAAUGCUUGCACAUCUACGCACACAUCAAAGCGAUUGCACCUGAGGAUGUGGUCUGUUGGUGGCUAACCUUUUUCACUCAAGAUGUUUUCAUUUUGCUGGCAGUAAGGUUGUUGCUUGAACAACCUCAUAACUGCCUCAAUGUUAGCGGCUUCCUCCAGAUAGUAGCCGUCAUCUUGGCCACCGUCAUCACAAUUAUCCAACUGGCUGUUUCGGCAAUAAACAUAGCCUUCUUCGCUAUGCUGGGCUCUGAACUUCGCUGGCGUAAUAUCGGUUUGGCCACUGAUUCGGCGUCGCGGCCAUUAUUUCUGAAAGGCACUGGCACUCUUAUACUGGUUUUGGCUCUCCUUGUGUUGUCAGCCCGAAUCCUGGAGGAUGUCAAUUAUUACCUUGCUGGAGUCGCUUUGAACUGCGUCAAAGCUCCGGUAGUUUCUCUUUUCAGAAUGUGUCGAUGCUCUAGUCAACGUCUUGAUGGUUCAGAAUAUGCUCGAGUGCCCAGCAAUGAUGAAGAAGCACAUAGCCCUUCUGAAAAGGAUGUUACCGUUUCACUCGCCAAACCGAGUAAUCGCACAUCGAGGUUCCUGUCAACGGUUAUAGGCAUGCUCUUAAUAUCUCAGGCUAUCCUGUCGGUAGUGCGACCGAUCGAAAGUUCCUUUACCUUCUUGUCGUGGACUCCGAUAAUAAUGCCUGUUGUCGACUUCACCCGAUCCACUACGCUCGACAGGUUGUUUCCGCUAUACAACCAAACAAUCAGCCGGCAUUUGGACGAGGAGACUGCCUUAACAGAUCCAAUUCCUUUGACGUGGCUACCUAAACUCGACGAUCCUUUGUUAGGGUUCGAGGACUGGUAUCCGAGCAAACACGACCAUUACGAUCAUUACGAUCAUUAUAACGCCACGGCAGACCCGUUGAACAUGCCAAACUUCAAAGAUGAUCUAAUCUCUCCGCUGCGUGGCCAGCUGGAUGAUGUUAAUAUUCGCCAUGUGAUGCUUAUCAUGCUUGAAAGCACGCGCAAAGACGUAUUUCCAAUAAAAAAGGAUAGCUUCAUCUGGAAGCAGCUUGCAGAGAGCUGGGACAACAAAACGAUACCACCGAAGGCAGAGGAGAGGAUAGCAACUCUCACACCCAACGCCAACUUCAUCACUGGAGACUAUGCAGACGGCUUUGAGCACGAGACUAAGCCAGUUCGGGGCGGCAUCAACUUCAACAACAACCACCCUACCGGCACGUACACCCUCAAAAGCAUCACUGGGACUCUUUGCGGUCUCACGCCUCUUGUAGUUGAUCAGAAUCUGGAUUACCUGAAUCACUACUACCAGCCCUGCCUCCCCCACAUCUUCAAAGCCUUCAAUUCUCUGGAACCCAGUGUAGGUGAUGGCAAAAACAAAUGGAUGAAUUGGUUCAUGAUGUCAGUAAUGGGAUACUUUGACAGACAAGACGCCAUGAUGUCUAGCAUUGGCUAUGUUUAUGAAGAGUACGUCACCAAAGAAUAUUUGCAGAGCGAAGGCGCAACAUUUGGCCCAACGAAGGUGCAACAACUUGGAAACGACUUACCAGAAGUUGCCAUUAAAGACUAUCUUGUAAACGCGUUUAAAACAGCAAAAGAAAACGACACUCGAGUAUUUCUGACGCAUCUGACCAGCACGGCACACUGGCCAUAUCGAAUGCCUGACGACGAGGAAUAUGUUCCCCUUGUGCAAGAGGGAAAGGCUGACAGCAAACUUGAUCUUCUAUCACGAUAUGUCAACGCGGUGGGGUAUGUUGACCGCUGGCUGGGUAAGAUUCUCAACAUUUUGGAGGAUCAAGGCGUCAUAAAUGAGACCUUGAUCGUCCUCGUGGGUGACCAUGGUCUCUCACUGCCCGAGACGGGGGCCGCUUCACCGUAUGGUGUACCGAAUAUCGGCAAUUUUCACGUCCCGUUGGUGUUUUCACAUCCACACUUGCCACAGAUUGAUGUCAACACCCCGGUCAACUCGAUCUCAAUCUUGCCCACGAUAAUAGACUUGCUCAUUGAAACGGGGUCGCUCUCAAUGUCGGAGGAGCAGGCUGCGCGCGAAUUGCUUCCGAAUUACGAAGGACUGUCUCUUUUACGUCCGCUAGAAAAGCCUUCGGAUGAUAUCACUCACUGGCAAUUUACUGUCUUGAGCCCCGGAGGGUCACAAGUUGCUAUCCGGAGUGUACGCAACCCGCAAUGGCGGUUGAUACUUCCGGUAAUAGAGGACAUUGAGUGGUGGUUUACGAAUGUUGACACCGACCCGCACGAGCUGGAUGCAGUUCAAGCGUUUGACUUUACCAAGUUCUUAAAAACCAUAGAGGAGACACAUGGCAUUGAGGCAGCUAGGUGGGCCGAAGAGGCUGCUUUUGUUACGCGAUGGUAUAUUCUCGACAACGCCAAACGAUGGAGGUAUAAGCCGUAA